ACAGAAAGCAAAGCAGAUUUAGAAAAACUUAUCAUAAGGGUAAAAGAAGAAAGUGCUAAAUUUGGUUUGAAGCUAAAUGUAAAGAAAACUAAAGUAAUGUCAACUAAAGAGUUAAAAGAUUUCAUUGUGGAUGGUGAAAGAAUUGAAGUGGUAGAAAGUUACAUACUUUUGGGCUCAAAGAUAGAAAGGAAUGGAAGUUGUGAAGGAGAAAUCAGGAGGAGAAUUAAUCUUGGCAGAACAGCCAUGGCAAAUCUCACCAAGAUAAUGAAAGAUAAAGACAUUUCCAUUCAUACUAAGAAAAGAAUUGUAGAAGCAAUGGUUUUCCCU